AUGGCUGCCACACAUGCUCCAAUAGGAAAGUCCGAAACGGACAGUGGAGAUGAUAAUAAAAUGGAACAUGGACAAAUAAAUGCAGAGGAAGUACUAGAGUAUGAUCGAUAUGGUUUCUACGGUGGUCAGCAAUAUACUGAUCCAGAGCGGUUAGUCGCUUUUUUAUUUUUAUUUUUCAGAGAAUUUCGUGUUCCCAUCAAAGUUAUCCGCUCUAGAGAAUUGAAAUGGCGAGACAUGUUUCUUGACUGGACGAUGUGGACCACCAAAUAUAAGCGUAAGGUUCGUGACCGUUGUCGGAAAGGUAUUCCUGAUUCAAUGCGGUGUGAAGCCUGGCAGCGUCUAUGCUGUAGCCCAAUGAUGUCUUAUGUGCGUCCUAAAGCAUUUGCUGUCACACCACUUGGCUCUCAGAGGCCACGAAAACUAUCGAAGAGGAUCUUCAAUAGUCUAUCCAAGAAUGAAAACUUUAGAAGUAUGCCGACAAUUAACACCGGGUCUCCAAGCCUGCUUGUCCGCAGAGCCAAUUUUCAUAAAGCGUAUAUUGAUUUGUUUAUGCGUUUAUUGCUUUGCUAUUGGUAUUAUAAUAAUUAG